CAACCAUGGCCGUGACCGCGCCGCUGCCGCUGCCGCUGCUGCUGCUCCUGGUGCUCGCGGUGGGCGCACACCUCGCCGCAGCAGCCUCCGGCCCUGUCGGCGCGGAGGGCAGGCGGCGGUGCCCGCUGUGCGACUCCUCCGUGUACAGCUACUGCAGCGAGAAGCUGCUGCACGACGCCUGCUGCUGCAGCGCGCCGCUCGGGGAGCCGCUGCCGUACCAGUGCCAGUUCGCCGACUGCAGCUUCCUUCACGCCAAGUCGUGCCGCGACCACCGCCUCAUCACCGCCUGUUGCUGCACCUCUGUUCUCUUCCACACGCGCUAGGUUGUCAGCUGUUCAAGGAUUGGUGCAACCACACCUUCCAAGACAUAAAUGGAAGAUAAUACAGGGAAUAAACAGACAGCUGUUCUACUUAAUACAAAUAAACUCAGUCUGAGACAGAGAACCAGAAAUGAAUUUCUUUUCCAAAAGAAGAUUUCAAUAAUUCCAAAUCUCUAACAGCUAUAUUGGUCCUUUUCUUUCUCUCUCACUUUAUAAAAAAAAUGAACACUAAAAAUUUGAACAUUUCUUUCCAUUUUAUGGUUAUUACACAGCAUGUUUAAUCUACGAACAUGGUCAGCUAUGUUUAGAUGUGUGUGUACCAUAAUGUAACUGAAAAACCUGGCAAGAUUUUGUUGCUAGA